AUCCUCUGCUGUGGUUCUCCUCCUUGGCCUCUGCUUGGAAAAUGUCACAUUGUAAUGGGAUCAUUCUGCGGGAAUUGUGUUGAUCUCGGGGCAUUGAAAAACGCUACCGGGGACCGCCACCGUAUCAGACAUGUGAACAGAGCAUCUAAGUUGGCUAAUACUCGCAACAAGGCCAAGAAGAGGGCGGAACUGCAUGCUUGGAUACAGGAGCAAGUGUUGAACCUCAGCAUGGGGCUUUUUAAUUCGAUACAAUGGCAACGACUUACCUGGUAUCCGAAUACCCGCCUCUAUCCAACGGUCCCGUUCGACAAGGCAACAGCCAAACCAACACGCCAUCCAACCCCAGCUGAAGUUCAAAAGGCUUGUAAAUUUGCCGAUAGAAAUUUCUACCUCAUGAAUGCUGGCCACCCGGUUCUUUUGGAUCCUCGAAAUCCAGAAUCCGUCAUUGCGAUUAUGGAUUUCACCCCGUGGAAUCGCUUAACCAAAACCGAUAAGGCGAAUCUGGAAUUUGUUUCAACCUUUCUCCACCAAACAAAGGAGUUUGUCAAUCCUGUUUCAUCUUCAACCCGCUCAUGGGGUGGGAAAAUGUGGGGAAUUGGCUGGAGGAAGUCUCAGGACAUUCUCCAGAUUUUUGGAAGAUAUAUCAAACAGUUCCCUCCUAACAAGAUGGAAAAAUAUGAUACUCUUUUUCAAAAAUCCAAACGUUCCCAACUCCUGUUCACCCCAUCUCACGUUCACCACUAA